AUGAAGACACAAGCGGGUCUCGCCGUGCUGGCUGUAGCGGUUCUCGCCUCGGGAUGCAGCGCCGAGGCGACAAGGGAGGUGGCUGGAUCGAGGGAUCUGUUCGACCAGAUGGUGCACAGUUUGGCGAGCAAGUGGAUGCCCGGUUACAGGGGAGAUGGAUUGCAGUGGAGCGUGCAUCCGCUGCCGAGGAACGUCAAGAGGCAGAACAGCGCCAGUCCAAUGGUGCUCCAGCCUGCCGGAGAUGAGGAGGAGCAGGGGUUGGGAUCGCUAGCUGGACUGUUUGGGGGAGGUUCGGCAUCGGUGCUUGCUGCAUCGCCGAGUAGGUCGGCCACCCAGGCGAGUGCUACGGACUCUGCUAGUGCCUCCCCCGCGUCUUCGGCUGCCUCCUCAGCCGCGACUCCCAGCGCGGAUCGGUCGGUCAGCUCCACCCCGGCCACAUCGAGCGUUCCCACCGCACCGGCAUUUUCAUUUUCCACGCCCAGCCCCAGCGCCUCGUCUCCGUCGUCGAGCGUGUCGUCGACGGGUUCGGCGCGACCUACGAUGUCUGCUCAGAAGGACGAUGACGCGCCUCCGCCGUCGUUGCUCUCGCCCAAGCACAAAUUCUUCCCGCUCGUCGUGGCGGGCAUCGCGGCGGCGGGAUUGCUGGCGCUCAUGCUGUUGAUCGCCAUUGCGCGCGCGGUAGCACACGACCAGCUACGCCGCGACAAGCUCAAGCAGUCGUACGGAUUCGACGAGUACUCGGACAAACCGGGCAAAACCGGCGACAAGUUCACCUCGAACCCCGAAGUGGGUGCAGCGCGUUCGCUGCGUCGCGCUAUGACGCGCAAGAAGCUCGGUAGCUUUGCGAGGAGGACGGCUGAUGGAAGCGUACUGAUCGAGGUGGGCGAUGAGGUGUUUGCGGUCCCGCCGCAUCUGGCCGAUUCGUACCGCGACCGCAUCCUUCGCGAGAAGCGCUCGCGCUCCGAUCUGAGCCAGGAGGGAUUGUUUGGAAACGUCCAACCGCGUCAUUUGAACGAUGGCGGUCCCGAUGCGGAUGGCAGCACCGCCAGGGCUGCGUAUGAUACGAUGCUGGGCGAUAAACCGUCGCGCAGUCUGAGCCAGAGACUCACGGAUAGGUUCAAGGCGAUCACCACCUCCCCCAAGCCUAUGGGGGCGUAUUCGUUCGAUGCACGCGACAAGGGCGCUGUUCGACAGGUCGACCUCGCCCGACCUACGCUCACCAAGGGCGGUGCAGAAUGGUCCAUCCAACCCCAACCCCAACCCCAACUCCAACCCCAACCGGAGUAUGGUACAGCUAGGGUGGUGGAGCGAACCAGUGCACGACCUCCUCCUCCUCGCGAUACCUCCAAGCCCGUCACACGCAAGGCACCACCCAAGCUGGAAUUGUCGACACUCACGGCCAAGUUGCAGGAUCUGGAGAAGCAGAGCAACGUCUCGAGCUCGUCGGGGCAUAGUCGACGAUUACCUGCCGAGGCGAGUCUCUCGCGCUCGGCUGCAUCGUCGGCGUCUGCAAACGGCACUUUUGGUGGAAGUGGGUCCGGGUCCGAUCUGGAGGCAGGAUUACCAGGCGCAUUCCCGGAACGAUCCAAGUCGCUCGCACGAGCUCGUAGCGUCAAACCACUCAUCCUGAGUACCACCGAGCGAGUAGGAGGGUAUCGUCAUCGCCAUCCCGACGCACACCGUUCCCGAACCCAGGUGCGACCCAACAAACCUCUCGAACGCAAGUCCACCGUAGCCCUAGCCUCCCCGACCCGCUUCAGCCACGAUAAAAACCCCGCGCUCGUAGUACAUCCGGAAAAGCCCCAGGCCGCUUUCCGUCCGCUGCCCGUUCCUCCGCCCUUCACCCUCCCCAAAUAA